AUGUCACAAAAAUGGUCAACACGCAAACGGUCUCGAAUCGCGUGUGAUCCAUGCAGAGAACGUAAACGAAAAUGCGACGGCGCCGACCCCUGCACCACCUGCAGGGAAUGGGGCUAUGAUUGCAGUUUUCAAAAUGGACGGCGGAAGCGGCGAACUACUCAAGAACAGUUUCCGCUAGAAGGCCCAACAGUAGCGAAGUCUCCACAGAACCAAAAUGGAGUAGCAGAUACCCAUGGGCUGGUGCGCCGCCUUGAGGCAAAUUCCGGUGCAGCAUUUGUGCGCAAGAUGGGUCUGAAAAUUGAUCCCGCGAAAGCGCCAAAGCUUAGCUUGUUUGGAUGGAAUGUUGGUACUCGGAAGUUAUCAUCGGGGCUCGGUGGCAUCAAUACUGCACUGUCAAUUACGGAGAUUACGUCCGUGGAACAUAUGAGGAGCCUUGCUCAGGUUUACUUCGAUAAAGUAGAUCCAUGCUAUGGUUUUAUCGACCGAGAUCAGUUCUUUGAACGACUUGAGGCUCGCUGGCUGUCAGAGUCUGUUAGCGAGCUCCAUGAUAGUGUUCUGGGUGGUGUCGCUGCUAUUGGGUGUCUGUUCUCACAACGAAACAUGACCAUCACAGAAUUGCAUCUGAGCGAAUCGGCACGAUCUAUACUGGAGACACAUGUCUUGUCUGGGACUCCUUCUGUAGACCUCCUCACGGGAUGGACACUACGAGUCGUCUAUUUGCGACUGACAGACCUGCCGCACUCAACAUGGAUAGCCAGUUCAAGAUUGAUGCAUCUGAUAGAAGCUGCGGGAUUUCAUUUGGAGACCACAGACUCCGUUUUUCCAAGCAGCAGUGCCACCACACAGUGUGAUCCGGACAUUCGAAGACGACUAUUUGGUGUGGCACAGCAUCUGAACAUGUGGACGUCCUUUGACCUAGGACUGUCGCGGGUCUCCUUCCAAAAGAAUGAUCUGCCGCGCCCGCCAUCAACCAAACCUGGCGACUAUACAAAUGAGCUUCUCGGUCUCCUGCCCAUAUCAGCAAGCCUAGAUCCUGGAAAGUCAAAGGAAGACGACACGGAUCUUGAAGUCACGCUGGCGGAGGUUUUGGAUAGAGUCCACAAGGAGCCGCCUUCUACCAUGGCACAAUGCAAUCUUGUACUCUGCAUUCUUCGAAGAAUCCACACUCAAAAUCUUGACAUAUCCUCUUCUCUAGCAGAAAAGGUUCUGGUUCUGCUGAAGAGAGGACUCGGUUGCUCUCGCAAUAUGGCAAUGAGCUGCUCUCCUUGGCAUCAAAUGGUAAACGUACCCUUCCAUAUCACCUGUGUUUUGCUUGUGAUGGACACACGCUCAUCCCUAGCGAUGCUUUCUGAAGCGAUGCAGACAUUGAAGCUUGUUGCAUCGACUUACGAUACUGAUACCAUGAGAGAGGCAUGGAGUGCGGCCCGAUUAUUGGUAAUGCUUUAUCAGCAACGCAGGAAGGAUGAUUUAGCAAUCUUCAGUGAGGCUUUGAACAUGGAAUCACAAGAAACUCCAGUAGGACCAUCUCCACGGGAAAAUCCGAGUGCGGAGGAGUAUUCCUGGCUAGGAGCUUUGGUUGCCGAUUUACCUGGCUUGGAUAGGAUUGACCUGGAUCAAUUCCUCAAUGCAGAUAUGAUGGGUAGUUCAAGUUUUCUAGGAGGAUCUGAUUGA